AUGUCGAACCGACAGUACGGUGUUGAUCUCGCAGACAGCCGCAUCAUGGGCCCCGCCGCUGCAUUACAGCUUCCAAGUGCCGCAGUUGGUCUUGUUGGCGGCGACGAAGAUGAAAGUGUCCGUCGCAAUGUGCCAUCGACUCAGCCAGAUGUGACAGUAGAAAGGCGAACCAUGAAAGAUGCUAUGCGCAUUCCUCUCCGACACUCACAAACUGCCCGCGUCACCGUGACUGCACGAAAUUUGAAUGUGACGUGCGAGUUUGUAUUGCCAACAUGCGCAUUCUGCAUAGGAAACGAAUACAAAUCAAGCGUUUGUAAUUGA